AUGGUCCAGUCUCAGAUGGUCCAGUCUCAGAUGGUCCAGUCUCAGAUGGUCCAGUCUCAGAUGGUCCAGUCUCAGAUGGUCCAGUCUCAGAUGGUUCAGUCUCAGAUGGUCCAGUCUCAGAUGGUUCAGUCUCAGAUGGUCCAGUCUCAGAUGGUCCAGUCUCAGAUGGUUCAGUCUCAGAUGGUCCAGUCUCAGAUGGUCCAGUCUCAGAUGGUUCAGUCUCAGAUGGUCCAGUCUCAGAUGGUCCAGUCUCAGAUGGUUCAGUCUCAGAUGGUCCAGUCUCAGAUGGUCCAGUCUCAGAUGGUUCAGUCUCAGAUGGUCCAGUCACAGAUGGUUCAGUCUCAGAUGGUUCAGUCUCAGAUGGUCCAGUCUCAGAUGGUCCAGUCUCAGAUGGUCCAGUCUCAGAUGGUCCAGUCUCAGAUGGUCCAGUCUCAGAUGGUCCAGUCUCAGAUGGUCCAGUCUCAGAUGGUCCAGUCUCAGAUGGUCCAGUCUCAGAUGGUCCAGUCUCAGAUGGUCCAGUCUCAGAUGGUUCAGUCUCAGAUGGUCCAGUCUCAGAUGGUCCAGUCUCAGAUGGUCCAGUCUCAGAUGGUUCAGUCUCAGAUGGUUCAGUCUCAGAUGGUUCAGUCUCAGAUGGUUCAGUCUCAGAUGGUUCAGUCUCACAUGGUUCAGUCUCAGAUGGUUCAGUCUCACAUGGUUCAGUCUCACAUGGUUCAGUCUCACAUGGUUCAGUCUCAGAUGGUCCAGUCUCAGAUGGUUCAGUCUCAGAUGGUCCAGUCUCAGAUGGUCCAGUCUCAGAUGGUCCAGUCUCAGAUGGUUCAGUCUCAGAUGGUUCAGUCUCAGAUGGUUCAGUCUCAGAUGGUCCAGUCUCAGAUGGUUCAGUCUCAGAUGGUUCAGUCUCAGAUGGUUCAGUCUCAGAUGGUCCAGUCUCAGAUGGUCCAGUCUCAGAUGGUUCAGUCUCAGAUGGUUCAGUCUCAGAUGGUUCAGUCUCAGAUGGUCCAGUCUCAGAUGGUUCAGUCUCAGAUGGUUCAGUCUCAGAUGGUUCAGUCUCAGAUGGUUCAGUCUCAGAUGGUCCAGUCUCAGAUGGUCCAGUCUCAGAUGGUUCAGUCUAACAUGGUUCAGUCUCACAUGGUUCAGUCUCAGAUGGUCCAGUCUCAGAUGGUUCAGUCUCAGAUGGUCCAGUCUCAGAUGGUCCAGUCUCAGAUGGUUCAGUCUCAGAUGGUUCAGUCUCAGAUGGUUCAGUCUCAGAUGGUUCAGUCUCAGAUGGUCCAGUCUCAGAUGGUUCAGUCUCACAUGGUUCAGUCUAACAUGGUUCAGUCUCACAUGCAAGGCAUUGUAGAAGGCAACAACCUUUACCUCCACUCUCGCCUCGCUCCCCUCGCACUAAUCCCAAAGGAUAUCCCUGUGCCACAGAUCAGUGUGUCUGAGGCCGCAGGCGGCGAGGAGACGGCGAGGAGACGGCGAGGAGGCGGCGAGGAGACGGCGAGGAGGCGGCGAAGAGACGGCGAGGAGACGGCGAGGAGGCGGCGAGGAGACGGCGAGGAGGCGGCGAGGAGGCGGCGAGGAGGCGGCGAGGAGGCGGCGAGGAGGCGGCGAGGAGACGGCGAGGAGGCGGCGAAGAGACGGCGAGGAGGCGGCGAAGAGACGGCGAGGAGACGGCGAGGAGGCGGCGAGGAGACGGCGAGGAGGCGGCGAGGAGGCGGCAAGGAGGCGGCGAGGAGACGGCGAGGAGACGGCGAGGAGGCGGCGAGGAGGCGGCGAGGAGGUGGCGAGGAGACGGCGAGGAGACGGCGAGGAGGCGGCGAGGAUGCGGCGAGGAGACGGCAAGGAGGCGGCGAGGAGACGGCGAGGAGGCGGCGAGGAGACGGCGAGGAGGCGGCGAGGAGGCGGCGAGGAGACGGCGAGGAGGCGGCGAGGAGACGGCUAGGAGGCGGCGAGGAGGCGGCGAGGAGACGGCGAGGAGGCGGCGAGGAGACGGCGAGGAGGCGGCGAGGAGGCGGCGAGGAGACGGCGAGGAGACGGCGAGGAGACGGCGAGGAGGCGGCGAGGAGGCGGCGAGGAUGA